AUGGGAUCAGGAGGGGUCAUCGAUAGUGCACUUCUCAGUGCAUCAACUAGGUAAUAUUUUCUACCGGUAACCACUAUGUGGUCAGUUAACGAUUGAAGCAUGAUUUAUGGUAGAAAAGUCGUUCACCGAUUCAAUAAAAAUAUAACCGUUACUGUACACUAUUAUACAGUGUCUGCAUAUACGAGGCCGAUGAAUCUUAAUAAAAUCGCAAUCCUUUCACUCGUCUUUUAUUAAUGGAAAAAUGUGAAGUCCUUUGUGAAACUAAUUACACCUAAGACAUAGUAACGGAAUAUAGUAGCAGUACUUAUGUAAUCAUACCCCCACUUAACACUUGUGCAGCGUCACUUGAAAAUAUUUUUGCCGGGCAAUCGAAUUACUCGAAGUUCGCUGAAAACAGGGUUUCUAGGAUACAACAAGAGGGUGUUAAAACAUUAAAACUAUAUAAAGUGUAGGGACGUAACGAUUCGCAGAAUACACUAACUGCACACGUCAAAACAGUUUUAACUGUUUACCGUCCGUAAUAAUAACAACAACACGACGUUUCCAUGAUCGAAAAUAUAAUAACGCUCGACACGGAGUUUAUAAAUUUUGAGUUUUCCAAAACAAUAACAAUAAUGAUAUUUUGAAACGUGUAAAAUCCGAAAAUCGUGUGUUGUAAAUCGUGUCGGUAUUCACACCGGAUUCGAUAUUCUGUACAAUAUUCGCCUACUACGACUAACUUGUGAUUUUUUUAUAAACCGACUUUAGAAAAACUAUAAAACAACGAUGAAAUAUGUUAGGCGUUUAAGAACGCGUAGAUGACAGCUAUAGCUAUAUCCGGAUGGUAGUUUUAAGUUUAUAUAUUAAACGAUAGGUUAGCACUGUCCGUGACUCGAUCUCGGCGAUUCAAUCGGUGUUAAAAUGUUUUUAAAACGAAGUUACGAACACCAUACUUGACUCUAUUAUUCAAUCGUCAUUCAAUUCGAUUGUAUAAUACAAUUAUUUAAAAACUACAUCACAUUAAUUCCGAUAUUGAUUAUUUAUUUUAUAUUGAACUAAAAUACACAAAAAAUACCCGCUUAAUAAGUUUAUUAUCCGACCAAAUAAUAUAUUGGGUAUAGUGUAAUAAACAUUAUAAUAAGUAUUAUAAAAAAAUCGUAUAAAAAGUAAAACUCAACAAUACCUAGAAGCGUUUUAAACAAGCGUUUUUUUAAAUUACGUGUAGGUACCUACGGCCUGAAAUUUAAACAAUAAAAAAACUCAUGGCAGUGUCUAUUAUAAAAUGCAUAAUUAUAUAACCGCGUAUUUUAUAGUACACGUACGUAAAAUCUUUUAUUCUAUAAUAAUUAAGCGAAAUUACCUUUCGUCGGUACUAUAAUACCAAUAUUAUAUUAUUUAUAACGGUGUUUAUGUCUUGUGAUACUGUUAAAAUUGUAAAUGAUAACAAAAAUUGUUUGUAAAUGAUUGAUUUAGAAUAUAAAUUCCAUGAAAUUAAGUACAUCUACAAUAUUAGGCGCGUUAAAAAAAUCCACGGGAUGCAUUUGCACACUCUUUGAAAUGACGCCCCUGGUCUUCAAAGCGGAAUUUUCACAAUCAUAAUAAAGAUUUAUUUUUUUUUAAAACUUUAGAACGAAACAGUAUUUGAUGUCGAAAAAUCUUUAGCGAAACCCAUAACGAAUUUCGUCGUCUUUAACUAUAUUAUUUAAUUGUUUUUACCGAGGCCUGGGCAUUAACGAGUUCGUUAGUUGCGAGUUAAGUUAAAAGUCAAGUUAUGUUAACUUGUUAACUUAACUCGUUUUCUCCGAGGUUAAUUUAAAAUCAACGUAUUUUCUUUUUCACUUUUAUCAAUUAGGUUAAUUUUGAAUUUCAAUACCAGGAAAACGUUUUUGUUCGAUCCAAAGUUCCGAUUACAAGUUCGUUGAAUCUAGACAAUUAUCGAAAACAAAAUAAAAUAUUCCGAAGAACAAUCUAUGUUUAUUAAAAGACAAGAACAUUUCGAGAACACGAUAAAUAGGGGUACCGGGAAACGAUAUUCGGAUCGCAUAAACGACUACACGGGUCUAUAACGGCCAACAGGCGGUAAGUAUAUUAAUAGCGACGAGUCCGCGAAUUAUAAUUGUUAUCGUCGCGAACGCGGUAGCCGUCUACUUUAUCUAAUAUAAAACGUCCGAUAAUCUAAAUCUAAUAUUCGUACACGGGACGUGUUGCGUAUUGGUGAUAAUUAGUAUUUUGUAUACAUUUUCCCCGGUAUCCCUGCGGCUCGUUUCCGCGCGAACGGCUCGCUACUGCGUUUAGCUGUUUUUUACUGUCGACGGUCGUCUCUCGCAGUAUUGCGUAGUGUUUCACUUUUCGCGGUUAUUAUUCGACCGCAAAGCGAUACGGAGCGCGGACGGUCGACGUUUUCGUUUUGUCGCGCGAACCGCCGUCGUUUUGACGGUUAUUGAAUACGGACAAUUUGUUAUCCCGGCGAGCUAUUAUCAAUUACGGAAACGUUACGAUACAGUUUAUCGGUGUAGCUGUACAAAACAACACCUAUUGAACAAACGAAUUGAUUCGAUUGGCGCGUUUUAGUGCCCGUAUGUACCUGUACAAUAUGCAUGCGUACACUGUCCGUGUGCCGUACACGUUUUCAGGACCCGGCUGUAUGGGUUUGUAAUUCGAAAACGCGUCCUGUAAUACUCGGAACCGAAUAGCAGAUAUUCGGGAUGUUUUACCAUUCCUUAAUUUCGGGAAUGUUUUAAUACUUUUCGCGAUAGUUUUACAGUCUACUUCGUAUCGUGUUGUUGUUAUUGCAAUUUUUAUUCAAAUACCUAAAUUACUCGAAUUAGUGAUUGUUUUGUACGUGCUAUAUUAAAGUAUCCGAUGGCUUGUACGGUGAUGAUUAGAAAACAAUAUUUGAUUAAUACAAACCGUCGAGUAAUUGUGUAAUAAACGGGGACUACCUGAUUCGUUGUAAAUAUUAAGUAUUGACAUUUUUUAUAUUAUAAAGAAAUUUGUGAUUUACGUUUUUAGUACAAAUCAUCGACAACACCGAGAAGAGAACAGAUCGAACGAACUCAAAUGGCCGCAUGUUUCUAAUUAUUUCGAACAACUAAAGUCAAGCGAGUUAAAUUUAAAUUCGAACAAUUUAAUAUUUAAAUGCCCUAUCUGCGGCCCAAAAGAAAAACAAAUGUCUACUUCUAAAUUAUCUAAUUCAAAUCUUAGAACACAUAUAAAAGUAAGAUACCUAUACGGCUAUACCUACCUUUAAAUUAUAUGUAGAUAUGUAUAUAUUGAAAUUCGAAUUUAAAGUUGAUUUCUUUUAAAAAAAACUAUAACCGUUUACGUGGUUAUAUCAAAAAACAGGUUGAUAUUAAUAAUUGUAUUUAUUAGUUCAAUAUGCAAUACUUACAAAACCAUUUAUAACUUUGAAUUUAUUUUGAUGUUUAUAUACAUACCUAUUUUUUUUUUUUUUUUAUCUAUAUCAUUUAAAAGAGUAUUUGCAGUUUGAACUAGAAUAUUUAAAAACUUAUAAAUAUUAUCUGAAAAAGAUAAAUUAAAUUAAUUGUUAGAUAGUCAUUAUUUUAAUUUGUUUUAUACGUAAUUCGAUUAAUAUGUAUUUAAAAUAAGUAAAUAUAAAAAUUGUAUUGAAAUAACUUCAUAAAAUCAUUUGUAUUUUAAUUUGUAGAUUCAUGAUAUACAUGCAGUCCAAGAUGUGCCAAAUUGCAGCCUGUUUAGUUCCAAAAUUGAAAUUAAAUUGGGUUACACAAGAAGAACGGAACGGCAUUAAGAAUACUUUUAUAGAAGCUGUGGUUGAUUAUUCAACAACAGAAAUAAAUUCUCAAGAAUAUAAUCUACAAUCUACAUCUAGUGCUUUGUCUAGAGAAUGUCCCAGCACUAAUAGUGAUUCCGAGGAUGAUUUUUUUAGUUUUGGGGAAAAUAGUUCUGAUAACAAAUGUUGA